CACUACUAUAUAAUAAAUAAUUUGAGGAGUCAAUGCGGGUAAUAAAGAAACUCUUACAAUCCAGACCAACUAGAACCCAGCAUACCCUUUCAAGGUUUCUCUCAGACUUUGUCAAGAUCGUUGAAGUUGGACCUCGUGAUGGCUUACAGAAUGUUAAGAGUAUUGUCCCAACCGAGAUAAAGGUGCAGCUUAUAGAUAAACUGUCUCUCAGUGGACUCAAGUCUAUAGAGUCUACUAGUUUCGUCUCUCCAAAGUGGGUCCCUCAGCUAGCAGAUGGUAAAGAAGUUAUGUCAAGAAUAUCUCGGAACCCUGAUUGUGUGUACCCUGUACUUGUACCCAACUUGAAGGGACUGGAGAGUGCUUUGACUUGUGGUAUUACUGAAAUAGGAAUUUUCACAGCAGCAUCUGAAGCUUUCUGCAAGAAAAAUAUCAACUGCUCAAUUGAAGAAAGCUUUGAGCGAUUUGCUCCCACUAUAGAAUUGGCAAAAGAAAAUGGCAUUGCUAUUCGUGGUUAUGUGUCUUGCAUUGCAGGAUGUCCAUAUCAAGGUCAUGUUGAUCAUGGAAGCGUUGCUAAAGUUUCUCAAAAACUGUUAGAAAUGGGCUGUUCUGAAAUCAGUUUAGGGGAUACAAUCGGAGUGGGUACUCCAGGAAAAAUCAAAGAACUAUUGCAAGCGAUACUGCCACAUUUACCAGUGGAAAACUUAGCAUUACACAUGCACGAUACUUAUGGGCAAGCCGUUGCAAAUGUUUAUGUCGGACUUGAUCAUGGUAUUCGAGUUUUUGAUAGCAGUGUUUCUGGAUUGGGAGGAUGUCCUUAUGCUCAAGGAGCUAGUGGAAAUGUUGCCACAGAAGAUUUGCUAUACAUGUUACAUGACAAUGGUUGUGACACUGGUGUUGAUAUCGAUAGUGUCAUAGAAACUGGACAUUUUAUUUCGGGCUUCCUGGAGAGAAUAAAUGGUUCUAAAGUUGGAAUCGCUAAAAAUCCUAGAUCCUAGCUUAAUUCUUUGUGUUGAAUACUUUUGUUAGAGAUCAGCUUAGCUGUUUAGGUAAUAUAUAAGAACUUUUUGGUUUGCAAAUUUGAUACUCUUUUUGUUUUUAUUACUUUGAAUUAUUA